CUCUCUCUCUUUCUGUCUGCCUCUCUCUGUUUCUGUCUGCCUACCUCUCUCUGUUUCUUCUGUCUGUCUAUCUUUAUCUCAGGCAGUGCGUCGGGGCAACGCUCCCAUGCGCUCUUCACUUUAUUUAAAACUCCUCUUUCCCUCUCUGUCUCUCUCUGUCUCUUUCUCUCUCUCUCUCUCUCUCUCUCUCUCUUGGAUAAAUGGAGACAACCUGAGCCUUUUGGAUUUAUGGUGAAAUAACCGGUUUCGUGAUUUAAAAAGAAAGAAAGAAAGAAAACAACAGAAAGAAACAGGCAACACCACACCUUGGCCGAGUUUAAUUUGCCUUCAACUGUUUGGGCUACUCGUCCGCCGCAGCUCAGGGUGUAAGAGAUGGAAAACGGCACAUGUAAUGAUGUGGAGGCGCUUUGGGAGAAGGUGGAGUGCAAACGUUAUGAACUGUGUCGCAUCAUCUCCCCGGCAAAGCUCACCCCCUACCUCCGCCAGUGCAAAGUCCUGGAUGAACAGGAUGAGGAUGAGAUCCUCAACUCCAUGCUGCUCGUCUCCAAAGCAAACCGCACAAGCCGUCUACUUGACAUCCUCCACACUAAAGGUGAGCGGGGGUAUGUGGCAUUUCUGGAGAGUCUGGAGUUCUACUACCCUGACCUGUACAAGCUGGUCACAGGGAACGAUCCCACACGGCGCUUCUCCACCAUCGUAGUGGAGGAGGGUCAUGAGGGUCUGACCCAGUUCUUGAUGAAUGAAGUGAUGAAGCUGCAGCAGCAGUCCAAAGUCAAGACCCUACAGCAUGUAGAGCUCAGCAGAAAGAACUGCACCCUGGAGGAUGAGCAGAAGAAGCUACGGCUGGCAAAUCAGGAGCUUCAGGCCUUCCAACAAAGGUACAAUAAGUUAAGAGAAGAGAGAAACAGCUACAGCGAUGAGCUGCUGAGGGUGAAGGAUGAAAACUACAAACUGGCCAUGAGGUACGCCACGCUGAGCGAGGAGAAGAACAUGGCGGUGAUGAGGAGCCGAGACCUGCAGCUGGAGAUUGAUCAGCUGAAGCACAGGCUGAACAAGGUGGAGGAAGAGUGUAAAAUGGAGAGGAGGCAGAGUCUCAAGUUGAAGAACGACAUUGAGAACCGCCCAAAGAGAGAGCAGAUCUUUGAGCUGGAAAGAGAGAACGAAAUGCUCAAGAUCAAACUACAGGAGCUGCAGUCCAUCAUACAGCCUGGCCCCCUACCUGCAUCAGACAAGGCCAUCCUUGAUAUUUUGGAGCAUGACAGACAGGAAGCACUGGAAGACAGACAGGAUCUGGUCAACCGCCUCUAUAACCUCCAUGAAGAAGUCAGACAGGCAGAGGAACUACGAGAUAAGUACUUGGAGGAGAAGGAGGAUCUGGAGCUGAAGAGCUCCACACUGCAGAAGGACUGUGAGAUGUAUCGCCACCGCAUGGACACCAUCACCAUCCAGCUAGAUGAGGUGGAGAAGGAGAGAGACCAGGCUUUUCGAGCCAGAGACGAGGCCCAGCACCAUUUCUCUCAGAGCCUCCUUGACAAAGACAAAUAUCGCAAGCAGAUCAGAGAGCUGGAGGAGAAGAGCGAUGAACUCCAUAUCGAGAUUGUACGCAAAGAAGCCAAGCUAGCCACCUUGGAGUCUCGCCUUCGACGGCUCUCCAAGGACAGUGUUUUGGACCAGGUUAGACCCAGGGAGUCACAGAGUUUGCCAAGGGACCUUCCUCCGACCAUUAUCUCUCAAGGGGAGGGGUUUAAAAUUCAAUCAGAAUGGUCCAGCGAUGAGUCGCCAGAGGAUAAGUUCUCGCCUCGCCUCAAACGAACCAGACCAGUGAACAGAGUUAAGUCUCCAGUCUGUGUACCCAAAGACCUUCCCAUCUCAGAGUCCACUCAACUUGCAGCUCCGUCAGUCAACGGAGGAGAUUGUCUGGAGAUCCAGAUGCCAAACUCCAACAUCCACAGCAACUCCCUCCCUCCCUCACCCAGCUUCCCGAUGUCCCCCACAUAUCCACCCUCCUCAGCUCCCCCGCACUCCUCCUCCUUCUCCCCAUCCCCAUCCCCCUCGCCACUCCCAUUCACUCUAGUGGAACAGCCCAACAGGUCAAAUAUGCUGCGUUACCGUAACGACAGCAUCCUGUCCACACUCCCCGAGCCGCCAGAGAAAGCAUCGCUUUAUCGCAGAGAGAGGGAGAAGGAACAUGAUUUCAACCCCCGCAGCCUCUCGGACUUUGAUAGUGACAACAUGGAAAUGGAGUUUGAGGACGAAGGGCGUGGUCCACCUUCUGUCCACUCAUCUUCCUCGUCCCAUCAGUCAGAAGGGAUGGACACUUACGACCUGGAGCAGGUCAACAAUAUCCUCAGGAAACUCUCUCUGGAGAGGCCGUUCCGUCCGUCUCUGUCCUCCUUCUCAAGGAUCAGCUCUUCCCUGAAGCCAGUGCAGGAGCUGUCAUUGCCGGGCGACAACCUGCUGAAGGACAUCUCUCUGAUUGGCGGCAAUGAGAGUGGGAUUUUCAUCACAUCCGUCCAGUCAGGCUCCAUUGCUGAGAAGGUGGGGCUACGAGAGGGCCACCACCUCCUGUUGCUUGAGGGAUGCAUACGUGGGGAGAACCAAAGCAUUUCAUUGGAUACCAGCACUCAGGAAGAAGCCCACUGGACUCUGCAGCACUGCUCUGGACCAGUCAGGCUGCACUAUCGAGCCAACUAUGACUCCUUCCGUCGUCUGCAGAGGGACCUGGCGGAGGGCACGCUGGCUUCUGGCGACUCCUUCUACAUACGGGUCAACCUCAACAUCUCCGGCCAAUCAGACAGCUGCUCUCUAAGCGUGCGCUGUGAUGAGGUGGUGCACGUGCUGGACACCAGGCACCAAGGCCGCUGCGAGUGGCUGUGUGCUCGUGUCGACCCUUACACCGGCUCUGACCUGCCUGACCGUGGCACCAUACCCAGCAACUCACGGGCCCAGCAGCUGCUCCUGGUAAAGAUUCAGAAGUUAGUGUAUCGAGGGGGAAAAGAAGAGAAUGAUAGCCACCGCAACAGUAGGCUCAAUUUACAGCCAGAAGAAGCCAGCCCCUCUCCUGAUCCUAAAGCCAGCCCACGCUUGUCAAGAGCCAGCAUCUUCCUCACUCAGAUACUACAGUUUGUCAGCAGGGUGGAUAUCAAGUAUAAGAGGAUGAACAGCAGUGAGCGUGUGAGGAUAAUCAACUCAGGCAGCACAACACUACCCAGACAAGGUUUUGAGACGCUUAGACCAGAAGACGCUGCCGACCCAGACAGUGAGCUAAGCAGGAGUUUGAACUUGAUUCCGUACAGUCCUGUCACCCCCCAGCGGACCCAGAGGAAAAGACCAGUCCUAUUCACUCCCGCUUCUCUAGCCAAAACCAUUAUCCAGAAAAUACUGAACUUGGGGGGAGCCAUGGACUACAAUAUCUGCAAACCAGACACCCUGUCCAAGGAGGAGUUCCAUCUGAAACAGAAUGUGGAGCCCUUUAUUCACUACAAAGAGAAACACGCCACAUUCGAAUGCAUCACCCGAGAAAACAUAGAGGUGGUCGCUGCUAAGGGCAAACACUGCCUACUGGAGGCUGAGCUGAGCUGCGUCAAAGACCUUCUGCGGAGAGAAAUCUACCCGAUCAUCAUCUACGUCAAGAUCUGUGAGAAAAAUAUCAAGAGGUUACGGAAGUUUCCUCAACGCGUGGAGUCGGAGGAGGAGUUUCUGAGGUUGUGCCGGGCCAAAGAGAAGGAGCUGGAGGGCAUUCCCUGCCUCUACAACAGCCUGGAGCCCGACUCCUGGGCAGGAACGGACGACCUCAUCAAGGUCAUCAAAGACCGCAUACAGGACGAGCAGAAGAAGACAGUCUGGGUGGAGCAGGACCUCCUGUAGACACACACACACACACCAGCACAGAUACACACAACGGUCUGUACAUAAAGAUAAACAUGUGUAGCUGAGCACCCCAAACACACCUUGUACAUCAUGUUUCUAUGCAUAUUAUUAUAUUUAUGCUCAGACUCAAAAAUGUGGACACUGUUUUAGACUUUAAAUAAAUGCAUUAUUAUAUAUUUUGUAAA